AUGAUAAGGUGAGUUAUGAAAAUUAAAGAACCUGAUCGACUUUUUUGAAAAAAAAAAUAUAGAAAAGAACUGUUUUCUUCUUUGUCACUAGACUAUAAGCACUAAACUUAAAAAGGGCAUAGGCUUACAUCAAUUUCUUGGAGCUUUAACCGUGAACACCCACUAGGUUCAAUCCUACGUUGUCCUACCUUGGCCACUUUAUAGGUCUACUGUACACUAAGGACCAAAAAGUCUCUAACUAAAAUUGGAGAGGGUCUUUAUUUAAGCUCAGUCCUUGGCCUCAGGACAGACAAAGGAGCAGGGUUGGAUCAGGAAAUAUCAACAGAGCAUUUUUUUUUGAAUUUUGUUUUUUCGCCAAACUCAUAUCUUGAAAACUGUAAUAGUUAUCAGACAAUAACAACGUAAAAUGGAUUAACACUGUUUAAAACCCAUUUCUAGAAAUUUUUGCGUUUUUAGGCCUAACCAAAAAGAUUUAAAAAAAACGCGCCAAAAAAAUUUAAAAAUGCCCUGUCAAGGCCCGUGCCCUGCCCUGCGUCCAACCCUACAUAGGGGGCUUUCUUUUAGGUUUAGUUCUAAACGACUAGGUAGGGUAAAAUAGGAUAAGAUGCGGUAGGGUAGGUGAUAGGCUUUCUGUCAGGACUAGCUUUAACAAGAGUGAGAAAAAACUGUUAAAACAAACCAUUUUUGAAAAAUCAGUAUACCUUAAAUACUGUAAAAAAAUAAAAAUCUUUUCAGCCCCAACUCUAAGAAACACAACCAUUUCUCUCUAAACCAACCAGUGUUAUACUGUGGCGUCAUAGUUUUUAUUAAACUAUGCUUUUCGUUUUACGCUUUCUUUGUUAUCUUCUACGAAGAUCCAAUUGUUCUACAGAUAUAUGACUCUUUGAAGGGCCAGAACUUGUAUAACUUAUUGGAAUUGAAGAUACCAAGAGAAGAUUUUGGAGCGAACAAGUCGGUUAGGAUACGACAACAAAAGCUUGGAGGUAUCAUUUACCCUAAGAACUUUACUACUAUGUUCGACGAGUUUUACGAUGUUAUGAAGGAUGAUAUGGGGAGGUAG